AUUCAGUCCAACACUAGGUGUCUUGUAUGUGGUGGUGUGGUAGCAGGUAGCUUGACUGUAUUGACAUUUGACGUCGUCAACAAAUAAAUAUUGUCUGUCAUAUGUUGAUGGUCUUGAUAAAUAUUAUUAAAUAAUAGUUAUAAACAAAUAAAAUGUUUGGAAAUAAAAAAAAUAAUCUUUCAGCAAGACCAAGUCUUCCAACAGUUGAACAAAUAUCAGAUGACAUUCGUCAUUCAUCAGCAUCUGAUGUUGCCUUCAAUAUUCUAGCAAAAGAAAACACACUUAAAGCUGAUCUUCAUUUUCCAACAAAUGUCAAUGAUGCUGAAAAUAUUUAUGGAAAAGCAAAAAUGUAUCUUGAUAGUACAAAACGUCUUAAAUUACUUGCUGAAAAUUUAAAAAAUGAAAAAGAUAAUUUACAAUUAAGUUAUGAGGAAAUUGUUAAAUUAGCUCAGGAUAUUAGGGAACAAGCAAAAGCUGUUUUGAUUGAAUAAAAAUAAAUUUUAAAAAUUAAAUUAAAACAUCGACAUUAAUAUUUAUUUAUAUAUCACAAUCAUUAUCAUCCUGGUUUUAUUAUCUACUAAAAUACCAAUGCCAUGAGAUCUUUUUCUUAUUGAAUUAUAACACUAAAAAAGAUCAUUUUUAAUACUCAUAAUUAGAUUUAAUUUCUGAUAUCAUACUCAGCUGGGUGCCACCUAACAAGAGGAUCACUAAGAUGUUCCUCAAUAUAUUGACAAGGACAACGGGCGGAGACGCAAUGACGAGGUGGAACAGUUGAUCCAAC